UGCACAUCGCCGUUAAAAUCAAGACUGAGGUGAAGGAGCAGGCUAAGCAGGCAUCGUAUGGAAAACCAACAUCAGCAAUGAUCGUGAAGGCUGCCAUGCGGAGUCAUUUUGACCCUUCAGCCCCAGAAGCCAGCCGCCCCAAUCCAAAUUACCUUGUCCAGACAGGUAAUCGGCUUCGCCAGAUGGACAGACCAAAGGAUCCAGCUAACCUGGAUGCUGAGAUUGAGCACGAGUUCUUGGACCAGCAGUGUCCAGGGUUUUUCCGGAGGGACCUUGAUGUGGGCAACAACCGUCACCUGAUCUUCUACACUGACAGGCAGAUGGAACUCCUCGCAAAAGCCAAGACAUGGUACAUGGAUGGAACCUUCCGAGUUGUCAACAACCCAUGGAAAUAACUCCUCUCCAUCCAUGCCUUUGUGAAGUCAGGAGAUCGCAUGAAGCAGGUGCCACUGGUGUUUGCAGUCAUGUCAGGCCGGCGAAAGGAAGAUUAUUA